AAGCGAGUUAUCUUCUGUGGGUUUGGUGAAAAAUUAAAGUUGGGGGAUGCUAAUUUAGCUGGACUGAACUAAAUUUAGAAAUACUCCUACUACCAAGUAAUGGCGACCAGCGGCGGCGGCGGCCGAGUCGUUUACGCGGACAAUAAAAUGGAAAGGAGACCGAUGAAGUUUGAGAAUCCAUUUACUUUAAAAGUGGGUCAAGUAUUCACCGGUUUUGGAGUCGGUUGUGGUGUUGCCAUUGGCAUCGGUCGCCCUAUAAAUUUAGGUGCAAUACCAGUCUUGGGCCAAGUCAUGAGUGCCACGAGAGGUGCAACUGAUGCAUUUUCUGGUGUUCAAAGACAUGUUAAUAAUGCUCUAAAGAAAGUAGGUGCAAAGAACAUUGAAGCUGGUAUUGGCUGUGGAGUGGGUUUCGGCCAUGGAUUUGGAGUUGGUAUGUACCUGGAAGGAUAUAAAUCGCCUGAGUUAGUUAAACUUAGUGAGCAAGUGGCAACAGGUGUGAUGGAAAGACUUGGAAUAAAUUCCAGCUCUGCCCUGUCUGCUAGCCAAGGGAUUAUUUCCCCUCCAUCUUUACAAAUUGGCAAGAGCACAGUUGACGAAUCAUCAUAUGAAAAUCGAAGCAAGGCCCAGUUAGCAAAUUCAUCAUCUAGUAACAGGAAUGGGACUGCACUACUUUCUCCAGAGGGGACUUUAGCUCCGACUAGUGCUGCAACAGAUACAGGAUAUUCCAGUCAAACAGAGAAAGUCCUCAACAACUUUUUGAAAAAGAUCAAAGAGGACGGCAGCUCCUUUCAGGAACAAGGUAGGGCAACUCAAUUGGAGAAUAACGUGCUUCAAAUGGUGUUGAAACACCAGGUACUCAUUGAAGAACUAAUGCAAGAAAACGAUAAGCUUCGCCAGAUAUUAGUUGAUGAGUUGAAAGUUCAACCCAGCAGGCUCCAAUCCAGUGCCACAAGCCAGAGUAAGUCCUCAUGUACCGAAUGUUUCGAAUGCCGCAGAAGACAAAGGAAAAGGUGAAAGGGACAAAUCUCUUACCAAUUUUGUUAACCAGUUAGUCCGACCAAAUAUUAUUUUGUCCAUCGACUCCAUCCCUGCUGCAACUGGAAACUGGCAUGGUGGAUCAAAUUUUGCUUGAUUAUUAAGGACACCGUGAAACAGUGUCAACUACUACUUCAACACAGCUCUUCCUUGUAAGGAAGGAAUUGAUACGUGCGAAAUCCACCAUGGCACAUGCUCAUCGAGUUAGGCCACUUUGAAUAGAGAAUCUCCGAAGAAAGUAUAACCCAGUAUGGAGACGGGCAUACUACGUAUACACUUUGUUUGUUUCAUACUUUGGCAUUUGGGGAUGAUUAUUACGUAAGAUGUAUUGUGAUUCUUGGAAAUGAACACAUUUGGAUGUUUAGUAGGGGAGAAAAAAUAUUGAAAAUUAUUUCCUUA